AUGCAAAUGGAUCAAACAUACGGAGAAGUGAAUCAGCUCGGUGGUGUUUUUGUGAACGGUCGGCCUCUGCCCAACGCGAUUCGGAUCCGGAUUGUUGAACUGGCGCAACUGGGAAUCAGGCCGUGUGAUAUCAGUCGCCAACUGCGGGUCUCCCAUGGCUGUGUGAGCAAAAUCCUGGCCAGAUACAACGAAACGGGAUCCAUUUUACCCGGAGCCAUCGGCGGGAGUAAACCCCGAGUCACGACUCCAAACGUAGUGAAUAGUAUAAGGGAUUAUAAACAGGGCGAUCCGGGAAUAUUUGCUUGGGAAAUCCGCGACAGGCUCCUCGCAGACGGAGUUUGCGACAAAUAUAAUGUGCCAUCUGUGAGCUCCAUCAGUCGCAUUUUAAGAAACAAGAUUGGGAAUAUGUCUCAACCGAGCCAGUAUGACAGCAAACCGUCUCCACCUCAGAUCUCCUAUAAUCCCGUCUAUCCAUAUUCUUACCCGAACACCAUGUCUCCGACCGGGUCCAAACUGGGAAGUCCACCUGCUGUCAGUCUGUCCCGGGCCUGGCCCUCUGUCCACACCGUCAGCAACAUAUUAGGAAUACGGGCUUUUAUGGACCCUGCAGCCAUUGCUGGAACCGAGAGUUAUCAGGCGAAAAUGGAGGACUGGAGCGGAGUUAACAGGCCUUCAUUCCCCUCCGUUCAUGGAGUCGAUAAAACAGACACUGACAUUAAAUACAACCAGGCUUCAUCUAAUUUAUCCGGAUAUGUUCCCGCGUGUGCUUACUCCGCCACUAAUCAAUACGGCGUUUACGGUGCGGGAAAUUACGGGCAUCACUGGCAGUCUCAGAGCGCGAGCCUGACCCAUCCAAACACCGGAACCAUGAUACAGAGCCCGAACCUGCACACAGCUUUAACCUUCAAACACUCGACCCGAAACGACAGAAAGAGUCCGCUGGGCAAACAUCAGCACGAGGCGCCGAGCAGUGUUCACGGCCUCGCGCUUCCCGCAUCAGAGUCGCAUUAA